CGACUGUUUAGCAGGACUUCCACACUCGUGCCUACGACACAUGCUUCCCCGGGCUCUGCGCUGCCUUUCCUUAUCGUGCGUCUGCUGCAGCAAGUUGUAUCGCACCGCCGCAAGGAUCUUUUCCAUUUCCAUCGCACAGCUCGGCGCUUGUUGAUUCGCAAAGGACUUUUCUCACUGAUCCAUGUUUCGUUUCGUUUCGAUGGGAUAAAUAUACCGCUGAUUUCCCCACCUGCCCCGUUCCGUGUGUCUCCCUCCCACUUGGCUUGAACCGUGUUUGACUGGGAUCUUGCGGGAAAAAGCGAAUCGGGCGAGGCUGUGAGUGGAUGACGAAGGGCUCGACGUUCAUUGCGGGAGAACGCGAAAGUGAAGGAGACGCUUACCACUGUGCGCUGAAUUGGGGUGUGGCGAGCGGCGAGCCAACAGCAACCAAACAUAGCAUCGCGGCGGCCCAUCUUGCAGUCAUUGCAAUUACUCCCUUGCAUGCUGCGUGUCACAAGUCGUUUGAAUAGAGCAACGGAGCUCCCGUCUGCUCCAGCUCGGUUCAGCCCUGGCAAGCAAAAUAGGUCCAAGGCAGUGAGUGGGACACAAGCACUGCACUGGCCCCACAACCACCCGGCUUGCAAGCAAACAACUGGUUACUUUGGACACGAGUCUACCUCAUCAUUCCACCGCGGCGCUCGGACGUACUUACUAGCCCGAGUCACCGCAACAAACAGGCACACUAUCCUCAUUAUCAGCAUCCGCCCAACUGGAGCGCUCGAGAUGUAUUUGACAAGCUCAUCCACCCAAAACCAGUGGAGCAGCAGCAGCUCGCGUCACGUGGCUCUGCCAGGCUCGCGGAUAAGACGGGACAGG